AUGGAGUUACGCGGUGAACUCCCGCCCAGCCCAAGCUGCUCUUCGUCCACCCCGGGUUGCUCGGGGGUGUCAGUGUCCAAGGAGCUGCUGACGGCGGGGAGCGGCGGCCUCGGAGGAAUAUGGGACAGGCUGCUCAUCAAGUCCAAGCCUAAUUCCAGAAAGAGUUCUAGUCUUCAGACAGUUCGGAUAGAGAGGAGUCCCUUGUUGGAUCAAGUGCAGAGCUUUCUCCCACAGAUGGCCCGGGCCAAUGAAAAGCUCAGACAAGAAAUGGCAGCUGCCCCACCUGGUCAGUUUGAUAUUGAAAAUGUUGAGGAGACUCUUGGAAAAGUUAUACACAUGGACGUGGCUUUGUUCGAGAUGGAUCAGUCCAACUCAAAAGCAGAGGACAGUUCAGAGGACAGCUCAGAAUCUGAGGACGAAGAGGUCAGUGUUCCUCAUGAAGUCACCAUGGAGAACAUUAAGUUGCCUAAUUCUGAAGGUGGAAAAGGCAAGAUAGAAGUAUUGGACAGUCCUGCGAGUAAGAAGAAGAAACAGUGAAAUAAAUGGCCUAGAAACAACAGCUAG